UGUAUCGAACUAUUGGACACAAUAUUCUUCAUAUUGCGAAAGAAAGCGAAUCAAUUGACAUUCCUCCACGUCUACCACCACUCAUCAAUGUUUAUAUUCUGGUGGGUGGGCGCCAAGUUUGUGCCGGGAGGGUCGGCACUCACCGGGGCAAUGAUGCAAUUUACCACUGGAGUGGUGUUGGGCCUGAAUUCCAUAAUAACUAACUGUCCGUUCACUCGAUGGAUGCAAUAUUUCUAUCAAAAGGCUUAUGUCAGUAAAGAAGAGGAACCGGACAAAAAAGAUGACUGAUUGAAAAAUUAACGCUCAUUUGGAUUUUAUAUAAUUA